AUGACGGAGGAGACGAGGUCGUUGGCGCAGACGAAUUUUGAUCAGGUGAAGUUUAAUUUGGAUUGGAAUAGUCUCACUGCACUAAGUGGAUUGGAAGGAGGGCUUGUUGAUGGAGAUGAGGUAUAUCAUCUUGGGCGACUGGUGAAUGAUGAAAUUCAGACGGACUUCUUGAGAGAAGGUCUCGAGACGUGUAAGGAUCACCACGGCGAGGCUUGUGAGAGACCGAAAAAUGUGCUUAAAACAAGCCUUACGGCUGAAGAACCGCCUGAUCUCAGGUUUCUGAGGGUGAUCGACGUGGAACAGAAGUGCCUGGUACCAUUGCCAGCAGGAGGAACUUACGUUGCUGUUUCGUACACCUGGUCGCCAGAACCGUACACAUCUCUGCUCAAAGAGAACAUCCGAGACCUGGAAGAUGUCAGUGGAAUUGAAAUCGACAGACUACCACCAACAAUCUCUGAUGCCAUGGAGGUCGUUGCUAUGCUCGGAGAGCGAUACCUAUGGGCCGACAGACUCUGCAUCAUCCAAGACGACCCACGAGACAAGAGGAUCCAGAUCAACCGGAUGGACAUCGUCUAUCGAUACGCAGCUCUAACGAUCGUAGCAGCCGGCUCCUCUUCAGAAGGCACCUCCGAUCCAGGACUCCAAGGACUCCGUCCCGGAACACGCAAAAUCUCACAGGCAACCGCCACGAUCAGAGGUCUCCAAUUCGUCGAAACCCAGAGCUAUCUCGACGAAACCAUUUCCAGAUCUCGCUGGUAUUCACGCGCCUGGACUUUCCAAGAACACCUUCUUUCCAAACGUCACCUCGUCUUCACGCGCACUCGAGUGGUCUUCUUCUGCGCCAAAGAU